CACUUUUCGUUGUGAUAAAAAUUUUGAGGUGCGGGUGGCGAAAAUUUUUUUGUUACGUAUUUUGGUGACUAAUUUAUUAUAUCCUGUCAUUCACCUUUUAAGCAUUAAAAUCAUAAAAUGCCAUUCUCUCUUUUCGGUAUUUUAGAAGUAGAUUUCAUUCAUCGAUAACCAAUUUACUGCGAAAUUUGUAUUCGUGAAUUUAAAAUUCUAUCGGCAGUGUUCCAAAACACCAUAGUGCUAAUUACAGGUAGCAGGUAGCUGAUGGCUUUCCAAUAAAAUCUUGUGCGAUGUAGGUAUUCGUAUUCCGUUUUCAUCUGUAUUUUGCAGUCGAAUUUUUAUCGUAACGAUCAAAACCAGUCGAGCUGAUGUCAACCGUGAAGUAUCAUUCAGAUAUUAAGAGGCGAAACUUGUGUAGCGCGUGUUGCAAUAAACUUGGAAUCCUCGCAUUCACUUUUUAGUUGUUUAUAAUUGAUGUUCAGUAAAUAUUACAUCAAUAUUCAACUCAAUGAACACAUAAUCAGUGAUACAAUGUUAUCUGCAGAUUUGAUACGUUAGCCUGGAAUAUUUCGAAUGGGUUGAAAGAGUUACUUUCGCACUAGUUACAAAGUAGACGAAAAUAUGGACGAUAAUAACGAAGAAUUACAAAUCAAAGCGUCCGGUUUAUCUACAUCUUUCACAAUUAGUUUCGAAGAUGAAACCGAGAAAGCUAACGUGAUAAAACAAAAGAGAAUAAUCAAAACUGCCAACAUGUUUACAAAAAAACACUACAGGACGUUAUCCUUACCAGUUGCAAACAAUACGUUUUUUUCAAAGAGUGAUGCAGUGAAAUAUGGUUGUGAUUCUGAGACUAAAGAAAUGAUCGUUAGUGAAGAUAAUUCUCGUAAAUGUAUUCCCGAAUCCAAAGAAAAAUCAAAUGCUAUUAGUACCAGAGCUGUGACAAGUCAUCGAAGUAAAGAACCUUGUAAAAAUUCAUACGAAGCAAAAUCAAAUCAUACUUCUACAUCAAUCGAAGAUACUCAACCAACGAUUAAUUUAAGUGAUACCGAUAGUGAAGGUGGCACUUAUACUAUCGAUAAAAACAACGAACAAGUCAAAGAGGCCAGAAAAUCUAUCGAUCAGGUGUUUGGAAUUACAUCGGAAAAUCAAAACGACGAAAGUAUUUCUAGUGAGAAAAAAUUGGAAAAAAGAACUCGAAUGGUCGACGAAUGGAUCGAACAUAACGCGUCUGUCUUGAAAACUGAUACAGCCGAGUCACCGAAAACAUCACUCGUUGGUAAACCGGAUAGUGCUAAAAGUCGAAUUACAAAAAUUCCAUUUCCGGUGGAAAGAUCUCGAGAGUCCAGCUCCACUAAUUUAUUAAACGGUUUGAAGUAUCAACCUGUAUCGGUCAAUGGAAGCGUUCAAAAUGCCAUUCACGAAUCAAAAAGUAAACAACUAUCAAAUCGUAAUCAGUCAAACGGCGAUGAAAGUGAUACGGAGCAUUAUUUACGAGAAACAGAGAAUAUUGUUUGUGCGCUUCAAAAACGAAUAAACCGAAAUACCAUAAAACCUCAACCGCGUGUCGAAGAGCCCAAAAUUCCGCAUAAAGAUCAAAAUGGUAAAGAAACUGCACCCAGCAAAUACUCAAUCACUAGAUUCAACAGAGCAUUCAGUUUGCGCAGAGAUCGAUCUAAAAAACCUACUCCGGUGCUAACCAGUUCUACAACGGUUCCAGUUCGAUCGAAAACUUUCGUAGGCGCUUCGAUUAAAUCGACAGAGUCAGCAUCACCAAAAUCCAUAAUGAAGCGUAAUAACUCGUUCUGCAAAGAUUUCAUAAAAUCGGAUAAUACUUCACCUAAACUGAGAUCUACUCCUCGUCCAAAGACUAGCAGCGGUGACUUGGGUCGAAAACUUUCAGCUAAAGCAACUCAAGAGAUCGAGUUACAUAAUUGGAAACGACGCAAAAAUUACGAUCCUUUGAAAGCUGUCGCCGAAGAAAAAAAAAGAAAAGCUUUAGCCGGUGCUGCUGCAAAUUCAGCUUCGUCAGCUCAUCUCAAACAAACUAGUAAUAGUUUGGAUGAAUCCGAUGAUUUAGCUGCGAAGAUCAUCACUAGAUCGGCAUCGUUUCACGGAUUACGUAAUAAAAACGGAUAUGACGCGGAAUCUUCGAAUGAAAUACCAUUAGAUCGUAGUUCUAGUAAUCGAUCAGUUUGUUCGUAUUUUAUAUCUUCGAACGAAGAUGCGACCGAAUACGAUAACGACAGCGAAGACCACUGGGUUAUUCCAAAACCUCCUUCUACUUCGUUACAGAACACUCCACCUGAAAGUAUCAGUAGUAGAUUAUCUUUGUUGAGUAAUGCAGCUUCUAAUUCUUCUGUUUUAUUGCUGACGUCGUCUACGAUUACCAAUGUCGAUUCCGCGACUGUAUCGAAGGUUACCCAAAUGUCCUAUAAAAUUAAAGAUAUGAUCUUGGCGUUCGCUGAUUCGAUUAGCGAACGCGCAGAAACCAUCGCACAAAAUUCCAAAGAUCAUGGCGUCUCAGGGCCAAAAUUAUUGUACGAUCGAGAGAAUGGCGAGAUCGCUGAUAAUAUUUGUAAUCAAACUGAAGACGAUUUAAGUUUCGUAGAAAAUGAUAUUUCCGCUGACUAUCAGCUAAAUAUCGCUUUAAAUAAUCUCAAUGAGAUACAUCAGGCUGUUCAAAAAUUAAAUGUGAAAUGUUCAAAAUGAAAGUAUUAUUUACCAAAAUGGCAUUUUAAUUUAUUAUCUUUUUUUUAAAAUUCAUUUACCAAUAUAUUCGCUGUGUAGAUUUUUUUUACGUUGAAAUAUGUUCGAGUUAUUGUUCUAUUUUAAAUUAAUGCAUUUAUUCGCAUCUUGUUCAUGUAUCUACCGUGGAAGUGUUUUUAAUAUUAUGUUUAGCAGAUUUUUAUUAUAAUGAACGUGUUCUCUUUUUUUUUCAUUAUUAUUUAUUACGUUUUUAAGAAAAACGUUUCGUUUUAAUUGUAAAAUAUUUUAAAAUUUUUAUCGAUUUUUUACUAUUGAAAUUUUUUACUCAAUUUUAUACGAACAUUUUUUAGUUUUGUGUAGUCUAUUAACCAUGUAUGUACUUCUUAUAUCGUGGUUUUAAUUUUUUUUUUUCAAUAUUACCUCGAGUGAGUACGUCUUUUAAAGGAUUUAUUUCGUUAUUUUUUUUUCUCUGUUUGAAAACGUAGCCAAAUAAACUAUACUCGUAAAUGA